AUUAUAUACAUAAAUAAAGACCGUAAUAAAUGUAUACAUCAAAAUUUCAAAACUUCCAAAAAAAAUUUAUCAUGCAUGUCUUGGAUGCGAAAUCUAUGUCAAAACUCGAAAGAAUAUCAGAGCAUCAUUUCCACCCACAAUCGGACACCAUUUUCAGAAGGAAAAAAACUGUUGGGAAGGAGACGAGAGAAAGAGAAAUAAUUGAGAGAGCACUAUCGUAGAUACAUUGCAGGGGGGAGAAGAAGGGGCUUCUCUCGCCAGCAAUAUAAAUCCCUUUUCCACACCAAUUUGUUUCGUUUCCAUCAUUUUCAAUUUGCCUGAUCGUUAUUAACAAUUUCGGGUUGCUUUGUUUCCUUGGGCCCAUCUACCUUCAAGAGAAAGGAUAUUUGGGGCCUUUUUCAGGAAGCAUCGCAACCUUGAUUUGGCCAUGAAGAGAACCAGCCUCCCUCGUGGAUUAUCCGAUAGGCAAAACAGCAAUGUUGAUGCCCCUUCACUCCGCCUCUACCAAGUCUGGAAAGGAAACAACAUUUUUGCUUGCGGAGGUAGAUUAAUAUUUGGUCCUGAUGCCAGGUCCUUAAACCUUACAAUCUGCCUCAUUGUGGUUCCAGUAAUCUUGUUUUGCUCCCUUGUUUCUCAAAGUCUUUUGGUUCACUUUCCCGAUACUGUAGGCCUUGUUUUAGUAGCGAUUCCUGCUGUCUUCACUGUAUAUAUUCUUAUCCUUAUCUUCCUUGUUUCUGGAAGAGAUCCUGGCAUAAUCCCCCGAAAUCCACCAUGUCCGGAACCUGAUGAUGAUUGGGAUGCCUCUAGCAUCUCUACAGACUGGGCAACUGGUCAUAGUGGUCGAUUUCUACCACCUACAAAAAGUAUUAACGUUAACGGAACAAUCGUUAGGGUCAAAUUCUGCAACACUUGCCUGAUUUAUCGCCCACCAAGAUGCUCUCAUUGCUCUGUUUGCAAUAACUGUGUUGACCGCUUUGACCAUCAUUGCCCAUGGGUGGGCCAAUGUAUCGGCAAGAGGAAUUAUCGAUACUUUUUCAUGUUUGUAACGGCAACAGCACAACUAUGCCUUUAUGUUUUCACCAUGUGUUGGGUAAACAUCAUCAUGACUAUGCAAUCCGACAAGAACACUGUCUCCGAAGCUCUUCUGAAGUCACCGGUAUCCAUAGCUCUCAUAACAUACACGUUUACAGUUUCAUGGUUCGUUGGAGGCUUAUCUACUUUUCAUCUUUAUCUCGUUAUCACCAACCAGACUACUUAUGAAAACUUCCGGUAUAGAUACGAAAGAAAGAAGAACCCAUUUAACCAUGGAUGUGCGCACAAUUUCAAGGAAACACUCUUUUCAAAAACACCUCGUUCCCAAAAUAAUUUUCGAGGGUUUGUGAAGCCGGAAGUUUAUAUGCAGUUCAACAGUUCGAAAUACUUUGGGUAUGCAUUCAGCUUAAACUUUUCCAAGAAAAGCUAUGACACGGAUAUUUCUGAGGAUUCAAAUGAUUUUGAGUUGGAAAGAUGUGAGACGUAUGGAAUGGAUCAUUCAAGCAAAUGGGGCUCUGCUCCUGAUUUACAUAGAUUGGCGUCAAAGUUUAUAACGGAAAAUGUGAGCAGAGAUAAAGAGAAGAGAAUUGAAGGAGAUUCAAGAGAAUAGAAAGGCAAAAGAGGUAGAAUAGGUGUCUUCCCUGUAAUAUGAAGAUGAGGUUUAUUUAAAGAUAGAGGACGAUUUUGGGACCCAGUUGUUUGCAACAGACAACAUUACAACACGUGAAUUCUAGUUGGUCUUUUUGAACAAUGAUUGUAAAUAAUGGCCUUUUUGAACAUGGGUGUACAAAUGGAUGUAUGUUACGAUAAUUACGUUUAA